CACUGUUCUAUGUUUAUUGUCCACUCACCACUCUGCUCUAAAGUACACAACCAACUGCCCUAACCAAACCUUUUCUCUCUCUCUCUCUCUCCCUCUCUCUCUCUCUGCAGUGGUUUCCUUCCCUUCUUUAGUGGCUUCAAUCAAGGCAAGAAUUCACUAAGAGCCUGCAAUCUCUCUCUCUCUCUCUCUCUCUCUGUUCUCUUUCAUACCUUCUCUUUCACACAGUUUCUGGUAAUAGGGGCAAAUUUGUGUGUAAUUUUGAAUUGGCAAAACAAAUCAGUGGGGAAGGGUGUAGGAGAAAGUGAUAUCUUUGAGGCAUAAUGGAGAAGAAGCAGCUGAAUUUCAAUGCCCCGCUUAUAUCAGUGAGGAGAAUGUCGUCGAUUGUGUCUCAACCCGAGGAAGUGAUUAGGAAGACGAUUGGGAAGGCGCCCCCGAACAGGCUGCAAUCUCUGCCUGUGCUAAAGUGUAAGCGGGAUAUGGGCGAGGUGACUAAACCGGCUGCAGUUCCAUUUGUGUGGGAGCAAACUCCCGGGAGGCGGAAAGCUGAGAACGAGAGGAAAACGUAUGCCUAUGAGGAGCCUUCGACUACGCCAAAGCUGCCUCCAGGAAGGAUGCGGGAUAGUAUAAGAUUCUAUUCGGGCGAAAGGCCUCGUAGCCAGAAUAUUUACAAUGCUCAGCCCUGGAAUGAUCAUGCAGCUUUGUUGGAUAGCUUGGUCGAGAGCAUGUACACAAAAGGGGAAUCCGAUGGGGAAAGCGGGGAUGAUGCUUAUUCCGAUGCAAUCGACACGCUAUCCCCGAGUGAAUCUUUGUCGUUGAACUGCAGUAUAAGUGGCUUGAGUGGCUACCAAGGCCUAGAUGUAAAACCGUCUGGAGCCUUUUCUGUCGAUGUGCAGACACGAGACUUUAUGAUGAGCCGGUUUUUGCCUGCAGCGAAGGCCGUGGUUUUGGAGACGCCUCAGUAUGUUCCAAAGAAGGAACUCGUAGUAGCUGAGCAACCUAAGCCCCCGGUGAAGAAGGUUUCCCCGGUCGAAAAAAAGCCUCUGCCUAUCCAGAAAUACGAGCCUCACAUUAUAUCACAUUAUAGUAAGUAUACAGAGAACAUUGCUAGUGAAAGUGAAGAUGAAAUGGACGAAAACGUGACUGAGAAACAACACAAGCGGUCGGGUUUAUCUUGGAAGCUCUUCCCCCGGCUUUGUGUAAAGAACUCUUUGUGCCUUCUAAGUCCUUUGCCGGGAAUGAGAAGUAGAUCACGAGCUCCUUCACCCGCACCUACACCUCCACCGCCAGCUAAAGACAUAAAAAGGCUAACCAGAAAUGGUUACAGUGGACCCCUUAAUAUGCCCCGAAAAGCAUAUAGUGGACCUCUUGACAAGCAAGUUUGUGAGGCCAUGUACAACAAAAGAUUUCAUCCCCUAUCGGGGGAGCUGUAUAAAGUUGCUGAUAACAAAAGGGUGUCUAACCAGCUGCCUGGUUACGGGGAUUUAUACAGAUCAGAUGGACUGUCUCCACACAGGAACUCCCGAAGUGGUGCAAUAUCUCCCUACCGAAAUGUUGCUCCACGAUCACCGUUUAACGAAGGUGCUAGGUUUCUAGGAGUACCUAGGGAAGUCGAGAAAGCCAGUGGUUAUGUUCAAGAUACUCCUAGAAAGAGCACAGGUAAGAUAGCCUCGGAUUCACAAGGUAGUGUUGAUGAGAAAACGGUAUAUGUAGAUUCGGUUAACAAUGUAGAAAUUCCACGUUCUGAUUUGGCAUCUUCGAAGCCCAAGAGUGCUGUUACUGGCUCUAAUGAGAAUCUAAAGAAACUAAUAAGAAACAUACGAGUUGAAGAAAACCGAGCUGCUAAAUCUUGCACUCAGCAUGUCAAAGGCCAGAAUGUCGUAGAUGUGAGACGAAAAUUCAACCCCGAAUCUUUGGAGUUGGCUGAGAAGGUGCUAGCUUCUACCACGUGUGUAUCGAAGCUCAGAGGCCUUACAGAGAAGAAGGAUGCUUCGAAACUAAAUUCAGACUCCAAUCAACAAUUCGGUUCGUCAGAAUUGGCAAUUGUGUGCACCAAUACGGGCAAUGAAGAUAACUCCUCAGAAUCUCCAUUACCCCCGCCCUUACCCAAGUCGCCUUCUGAAUCGUGGCUUUGGCGUACACUACCUUCUGUUCCUUUGCAGAAUCAACAGAAACCGAGAUCAAAUGCUACCAAGACUGCUACCAAAUGGGAGACGAUUGUGAAAUCUUCGAAUUUACAUCACGAUCACACCCGCUAUUCUGAGGAACUUGUUCCUCACAGUUCUCGUCAGCAAAAAAGAGUUUAGAAGCCGAAUGCCAACCUCAAGGAUUUGAGCAUGUUUACUUCGAUUCAUUUACAGUUAUGUGGAGCAUCUCGCUCCUGUAUAGUCCAGUCUCUCUAUACACGAGGUAUCCAACCUUCUUCAUUUUUUUUUUUUUGCCCCUGGUUUUUCCCUCUUGAUCUUUUUUAGUGAGGAUAUACACCAGGAACAAGUUUUUAUUUGUCGAGUGCAUAAUUUAUAGCUGAAGUUUAUGAAUUCUUCGAAUGAUGUUGUAGCGAGCUGAGAAAAAAAUCUGGGUUUUCUCACUGUAGAUUUCUACUUACAUAUGGAACAUGUAAACUUCCUUGAAAUGAAUAGGAGGUGUUUGUUUAUCUUUUAUUGUCUUUGUCAGUUAUAUGGCA